GAGCCAGUCAGAAUGGAGCGCGAGAGUGGUUGCCAGAGGUGCGUUCUUCUGAACAAGACCGCCUGCCAGCCUGGGCCAGAUGGAGUUUGCGCCGAAUGCCGCGUUCCCGUCCAAAGCGGCGGUGCGGACGGAGACGACUGCGUCCACGGCUGUCUUCCGUGCGAAUCAAAGACCGCCCUGAGUCGUCGAAUGGAGGGAGCCUUUGAUCCUUAUACCAAGCAGAUCGAUCACACGGAAUGGGUGCUACGGCAAGGAGAGGACGCUUUCGUCCUGGUCGCGGACUACUCCAGCUUCCCGCAAGUUGACCUUGAAAGGCACUUCGUGAGGGAUGUCCCCCAGUUUCAAAAACCCGACGUAGGACUGCACACUGCGCGGCUGGAAUUCCUGGAGCAGUUCGACACGCUGUCCCAGCGCUGGCACAGACUCUUUGAGACCUGGACCGAGGACACUUUCACACGAGCCGCCGCGUUCCAGAAAUCGUUCAUCGACCAGGCCAGUAAUGCGGAGCUCCCCGAUGAUGAGAAAUGGGUCAUCCUAAACGCUCUCCGCUGUCUGGUUACCCUUCGCGAUAUCGACGAGCUCGCACUUAACAUGGAUAAAUUCGACGAAUCCUAUCCUAUUGCUACUACUCUUGCAGAGUCGGGGUUCCAAAGCGGCGUCGGCGGUCAUCGUGCAAGGCCUCGGAUCGACGUUCUGCAUUUCUCAUAUGCGGAACUGGACAGUCGAUACAAAGAGACGAGAAUUGAUCCAUCGGCGACCCUAUCCAAGCUUCUCCCAACUACAUUCAGCGCAGCGCAGUCGUUACUGCUUCGAGGGCGGCCAAAAGACUGGUCCGCCAUUUUCUACGUUCUGCUUAUCCUCUUCCACGUGGAAGGAGACCUGCAGAGUUGCGGCGAUUUGACGACUGCUUUUGAGAGCGCGCAGGUAGUGGUCAAGGAAGCACUACACGAUCUUGUCCGCUCGUUUCUCUUCUGCUGCGGCGGCCCAGGGCAGGGAUUACAUCCUUUCUUGGAGCACUUCGACGAGGAGUGGUACAAACUUAUGGUUGGGGCGGAUGCUGAUCCCAUAUACGCAGAACACUACGCCUGGCAUCAUGAGCGAUGGAUGGAAAACGAAGCACCUCCGCGAUAUGACCCUUAUGACUUGGACAGUUUCAUGGAAACCCUAUGGCAGUAUGCUUACGGAUACAUUUCGUAAUACAUCUCCCGGAUCCUGAAGUACUUCGUUCUUCAUGCAUAAACAAUUUUCUCCUGGGGAAGGCAGGGUGCGGCGGAUUGCACCUGUAUUCCAAGAUUAUUUUCAAUCAAACGUGCGGACUGAGCCGGAAAUGGUCUAGUUCCGUGGCUCAUCUGUUGCUUCCCGUCUCAAGUUUAACAUCUACUCAACUACAACAGCAACAAAGCUACGUAAUGGGCUACCGACAAAGGCUACGACGCGAUGCAAAAAGACUCUCUGCUCGCGAACGCAUCCUGUC